GAGCGACGAAGCAAAUAAAAUAGCGUUGAUAUUGUGAAGAGUGUAAACUCAUUUUUGUGAUUAUUAAAUAAUUGACAAAAAGAUUUAUAAUAACAAGCUUGUGAAAAGCGCCAAUGUACUACAUCACACAAAGACAGGGAUGUCCCGUAUUGCAUGUUAACUAUAAGUUUAAAAAAUACUUUCACAUAAAACUAUGAUGAGUAAUUGAAGAAAAUAAAAUAUGUAAUAAAUUGACUAAUUUUUCUAAAUGGAGACUAAUUCACUAGUGCCCAUAAAAAGACAAAGAUCAUCGUCAGCAGGAGUUGUUGAGUGUAUACGAGAAUUUAAACUGCCACAGGCUUUUCCAAGUAUGGCUAAAAAUGCAAAAGGGGAUUUGAAUAUGACAUCACAAAGUUCAGUACAAUUAAUAAGUAAUCCUUCUAAUAUUAUUCAAACAAAUAUUCCAUUGAAAGAUGGACAACUUGGACCAAAGCUUCAAAAACUGAAAUUAAAAUCAUCUGAUGGUAGAGAUUUAGGAGAAUUUGAUGUUCAAAUUGUAAAUAAAAAUAGAAAUCUGUCAACAACAUUAAAUGUACAAUCAAAACCAAAUAAUUUACCAGCAAUAAAGAGUGAUUAUAAAGAUAACAAUGUUCGAAAGUAUGUUAAACUUACUGCAGGAAAAAAUUCAAUUUUAUCACAAUCUGCAGCAGUUAAAUAUCUAACAAAACCGAUACAAGUAGACGUGCCUGAAACAUCUCAGGGAGUUUUAAUACCAAUAGCAUCCAAUAUGAUGACCAAUGGUACUAGUGAAAAUAAUCAGUCAUCGAUUUCUGUAGAUAGUCAUAAGAAAAAGCAAGUGUUCCUUGUAAAACCAACAAAAAAUAAUUGGCAAGUAUUAAAUAAUGGUCAAACUUCAAAUUUAUCGCCAAUAAUAUUAAAGCCUCAAGUAAAUGAUGAUCAAGUAAUGUCGACAAAUACAAAACAAGUAAAAAAUGUGCCUCAAAGAGUACAAUUAACGCAUAAGUCACCUGUAGUAACUUAUAAAAAUAAUGAUGGUAUUAUAACAACUGGAGUGAAAAGAAAGAUAGAUGAAACAGUAUUUAAACCUACUAUAGUGAAAGAUAAGAAAUUUGUAAAUAUUGGUAAUUCUAAUAUUGUUAUGAAGCUUGAAGGAAUAGAAGAAAAUAACACUGGAGAUAAUGUAAUUUAUGUUGUUCCAAGUAAUGAUAAUCUUACUGAGAAUGAAAGUGUUCAAAAUGCAGAAGUAAUAGAAAAUCAAAGUAAGUUUCUUAGGAAUUCUCACGGAAGAGUAAAUUUAAUAAGAAGAGGUCGAAAAAAUCCUUUAAUUAAUAGACCAUAUUUUAAUGAAAACGAUGAAACGUCUUUAGAUCAUUCAUGUUCUUAUUCUUUACCAACUAAUGAUUCAUUGAAUGAUGAUCCUGUUGAUAAUGAUAUUUCAAGUAAAUUGAGCAUUGUUGGUCAAGCAUUAAGUACCAUCGGUGAUGAAGAACUUAAAGCAAAAGCUUUAAAAGCAUUAGCAGACUGUGGUAUUGGGAUGGAAAGAUUUGUACCAAUAAAACCUUCUCCUGAUUUGAAAUCUAUCAAAGAAUCUUAUUGUCAGACAAAUGUAUUUGGACUGCUUGAUAAAAAAGAUUUCAUUAAGGUUGAAGGUGAAAGCGAUGCGUUAGAACGUAUUCAAGAAGUUGAAAGAACAAAAAUUGAUUCCACCAAACUUCCUGAAGUAUCGUCAAAUGAUACCGUUGAAUUUUCUGAAAAACUCAAUAAAAUGUUGGAUACGUUUUCUGUAAAUAAAAACAAUGUAGAACAAAUGCGAGAAAUAUUUAAAGUUCAUCCUGUAGUUGAAAAAGCUCAUCGCUUGAUAGAAAAAGAUUUUAAAAAUUAUAAAAAAUUUGAUAAAAAUGGAUUAUUGAAUAUUCAUAAAGCUGUUUUAAGUAAUCAAGAGAAAUUAGUAAAUAGACAAAUCAUGGUUUUAACAAAUUGUAAAGCUAGUGUUGAUUUACGUACAACUGAUAAACAGACGAGUUUAGAGUUAGCUGUACGAUAUGGCAUUUCACUAGAAAUUAUCAAAAUGUUACUCAAAGCUGGAGCAAAUCCCACUGCUCCUGAGUCUCAUGAUUCAGCUUUGACCUUAGCAAGUAAACAAUCGUCGCCUAUUUUACUCGCACUUAUUCCGUACCUGUCAUCAACUGAUCCUGCCAUUAAUAAUGUUGAUUCAGAAGGAUUUACGGCAUUGCAUUAUUGUGCAAUGAAUGGAUAUGAAGAAGGUGUAGAUGAAUUAAUUCGCAUUGAAGUUGACUUAAAUGCACGCGAUUGUAAAUCAGGAAGAACUGCUCUCUUUCAUGCUCUAGAGAAUGAACAUCUUCAAAUUUGUAAAAAACUUUUAAUGCACGGAGCAAAAGGAAAUAUUCCCAAUUUUGCCGGACAAACGGUGUUUGCUUUAUUUGAUGAUGAAAAACAUUUUAUGUUAAGGGAUUUUUUACAAAGGUCCAUGAAAUAAUAUAAUGUGAACAGAAUAAAUUGUUUACAAUCGUCUAGAUAAGUUUAAAAAUCCAU